GCGACCCAUGUCCCGCCGCAAGGCCGGCUGCAUGCCUCGCCGAAUAGAACCCGCGCCCGCCGCCAGCUCAGACGACGAGAUGGAGAUGCGAGACCUCGUCAUCGACGUGAAGCCCGAGCCGGACCCGCGGCCCCUGCAGGCCCCGGGGUUAGGGCCCUUCACCCCGAAGGAAGUGCCCGCGCCGGAGCGGUUCGAGAGCGAACCCCGCCACUGCGCCGGCCCCGUACCCAUCGGCGGCCUCAUCCACGCCCUCGGCCUGCGCAACCAGUGGACGCCGCUGUCCCUGAGCCCUCACGACCGCCAGCCGUGGACCGACAAACACCCAGAUCUGUUGACCUGCGGCCGCUGCCUGCAGACCUUCCCAUUGGAGGCCAUCACUGCCUUCGUGGACCACAAGAAGCUGGGCUGUCAGCUCUUCAGAGGCCCCAGCCCCUGCCAGGGCUCAGAACACGAGGACCUGAAGGCCUUGAACUGCCUCCGCUGUGGCCGACAGUUCACAGGAGCCUGGAAACUGCUGCGCCACGCCCAGUGGGACCACGGACUGUCCAUCUACCAGACGGAACCUGAGUCCCCGGAGGCCCCGCUGCUGGGCCUGGCUGAGGUGGCCGUGGCCGUGUCGGCCGUGUCGUCAGUGGUGGGGCCCGAAGCCGAGGUCAAGGGCUCCCGGGUGGGGCCCAUGGGGCCCACCCGGCGGAGCCCCACCUGCCCCGUGUGUAAGAAGACCCUCAGCUCCUUCAGCAACCUCAAGGUGCACAUGCGCUCGCACACGGGCGAGCGGCCCUACGCCUGCGACCAGUGUCCCUACGCCUGCGCCCAGAGCAGCAAGCUCAACCGCCACAAGAAGACCCACCGGCAGCUGCAGCCCCAGAGCCCCUGCCUGGCCGACACCGGCCAGGAGCAGGCCUCCACUGCCCCUCCCGAGCCCGCCGCCCAUGCCGCAGCCCCUGCCAGUGUCCUUCCGUGCAGAGGAGGAGAGGGGGCCGGGGCGGCCGCCACGGCAGGGGUCCAGGAACCCGGGGCUCCUGGCGGCGGGGCUCAGGUGGGCCCUGGUGGGGACGGCUGGGGCGCUGACACUAAGGAGCAGAGAAAGGACCAGGAGAAGAACCAGAAGACAUCACCCAAGAAGACGCUGAAGCCGGCGGGCAAGAACCGGGGGCCGGGGCCUGGGGGCAGCUGCGAGUUCUGCGGGAAGCACUUCACCAACAGCAGCAACCUGACGGUGCACCGGCGCUCGCACACGGGCGAGCGGCCCUACACCUGCGAGCUCUGCUCCUACGCUUGUGCCCAGAGCAGCAAGCUCAACCGCCACCGCCGCAUGCACGGCCUGGGGCCUGGCGGGCCCCGCUUCGCGUGCCCCCACUGCUGCGUGCCCUUCGGCCUGCGGGCCACCCUGGACAAGCACCUGCGGCAGAAGCACCCUGAGAUGGCUGGGGAGGCCUGAGCAGAAGGAAUGCCCCCCUGCCAUCCAGGGCACCAUGGUUACCCACUUUUGUGACCUCCUAUCCUUCCCCGCAAUCCCUGAGUAAAGCCUGCACGUAGCUACA